AUGGUACAAAUCUUUUGCAUAUUCAUCGUGCGUCGGAGUUUCCAACGAAUGACCGCAAGUCGUUUAAGAAAUGCAUCUAUGACUAUUCAAGAAUUAUUCAAAGAAUAUGAUAUUCGUUUACGUCCAUCAUUUGGAUACGAACCACUUUUGUUGGAUAUUGAAAUUCGUUUAGCAAGUUUCGAUAGUAUAUCUGAAGUAAAUAUGGAUUACACUUUAACACUCUAUUUAAAUCAAUAUUGGCGUGAUGAACGUUUAGUAUUCGGUAAUAAAAGUGACGAAAUUAUUUUAACAGGUGAUAUUAUUGAUAAAUUUUGGUUACCGGAUACAUUUUUUCCGAAUGAUAAAAGUGCAUAUUUGCAUGAUGUGACAGAAAAAAAUAAAAUGAUACGUCUAUAUGGUAAUGGCGAUAUUCUCUACGGAAUGAGAUUUACAAGUACAUUAGCAUGUAUGAUGGACCUACGACGGUAUCCACUUGAUAGACAAAAUUGUACCAUCGAAGUAGAAUCUUACGGUUAUACACAAGCUGAUCUCAUCAUGCGUUGGAAAAAUGGACGUGCAUCAAUAUUAGAUCUUGAUAAGGCUCAAUUUCCACAAUUUACUAUCCUAGAUUAUGAUACAAUAUCCUAUGGAAUAUAUUUAGCAACAGGUGUUUAUCAACGUCUUUCGUUAAGUUUUAUUCUUCAAAGAAAUAUUGGCUAUUUUUUAUUUCAAACAUAUCUUCCAUCGAUUCUUAUUGUUAUGUUAUCUUGGGUAAGCUUUUGGAUUAAUCAUGAAGCGACCAGUGCACGAGUUACAUUAGGUAUUACUACAGUCUUAACAAUGACAACAAUAUCUACUGGUGUUCGGUCGUCUUUACCUCGAAUAUCGUAUGUCAAAGCCAUUGAUAUUUAUUUAUUAAUGUGUUUUGUGUUUGUAUUUGCUGCGCUACUCGAAUAUGCAGCUGUUAAUUAUCUUUAUUGGGGUAAAAAAGCUAAAAGACGAAAACAAAAAUGUCAACGAGAAAAAUCUCGAGAAAAAGCUCCUAACGAUCAUGAAUUAGUUCAUAUCGAUGCUAAUCGUGAUUCACCUAUUGUUGGUUUAUAUUCUAAUACAUCAGUUAAUCGUAGAAAAUUACUAGUGACAUCAUCGGAUGAUAAUCGUCAAACUAAUCAUAUCAUUGAUACACAAUCACCUCGCAUACGACCAUUAGUUAGAGCAAAUCCUGCUUUAUAUCCAUCGUCAUACAAUCGAAAUCAACAACCCCGACGUACUCGUCGUUUUAUAAAUUAUCUACGAACUCGUACAAUAAAUUUACGUCAUUCUAUUCCACAUGUACAAGAUGUCAAUGAUAUAGAUAGAUGGUCACGUCUUUGUUUUCCUAUACUUUUUCUACUAUUUAAUGCUUCAUAUUGGCCUUAUUAUAUAGUGCGACCACAAAAGUUUACUUAA